AUGGCGGGCUAUCUUCGAAGUUGGUUCGCCUCUCCCCAGCCCGCACCCACGCUCAGCGUAUCCCCCAUCAUCGAGAGCCCCAGCCAAAGUGAUAGCGUUGACAAUGACGACUCCGACACCGAGACAAUACACGGCGGCGACACCACAGACGACAUUCCGCCCUCCUUCCCUGCUGCCAACAGUGCACAGCGCCUCGCUCCCCCGUCAAACACGAUCCCGCGCAUACUCACCGAUGCACAGCUCAUGCCUCCGCCACCCCCGCCUUCGCUCUCGAGCCGGCGGCCGGGGAUAUCAAGCACUCCUGGCUCCCUGGCUGUUCCGCUCACGACGUCAAGAAUCCCCCCAAAGCCGUCCGGAAGGGGGAAGGUGGCGCUGGCUCCGGGACAUGGCCCUUUGGACUGGGCAAACUUGAAGAAAUCCGGUCAGGAUCUGAGAGGCGUCGAAUCAUUGCUGCGCGUGACGCCAUCCAUGCUCAAGCAACAUAACAAGCGAGACGAUGCUUGGUCAGCAUUCAAUGGCAAGGUGUACAACAUCACGCACUACCUGCCAUAUCAUCCAGGAGGUGAGAAGGAGCUCAUACGCGUUGCAGGCCGUGACGGAAGCAAACUAUUCGCGCUGACACAUGCGUGGGUCAACCUGGAAUACAUGCUGGACUCAUGUCUCGUUGGCUUCCUCGUAGCGGAAUCAUAA